CGCCUGUUGAUGUUUCACUUGCUUUUAAUUCCCGGGUCGCAAGAUGGAGGCGGCGCUGGCUCGUCGGGAGCUGCUGCUGCUGCCGCUGUCGCUGCUGCUGCCGCCUCUGGCCGCCGCUCUGCUGGGCCCGGCCGCGCCGCUGGGACAGGAAGCAAUUAGAGUCGGUGUUACGAUGCUGAGCACCAGUGGAGAACUUCACAAAGUACAGGUUCUUUUUAACAUCACCUAUGUUAAUGGACAAGUAUAUCUAAAUGACUUUCCUAUGAAAAGUGGGGUUGCCCACGUAACAUGUCAAACAAUUAUAUUGGAGAACAGAAGCUUGGAUAACUUACCGGAUCAGCAGCACCUGGGAACCGUCAGUGUUCGAAUCAUGGUUCAUGAGUGGCCUUUAGCAUCCACUUCUGAUUUGCAGCUGAUUGUCAUUCAAGAAGAAGUGACAGAAAUUGAUGGAAAACAGGUUCAGCAGGAAGAAGUAACAGAAAUAGAUAUUUUAGUAAAGGACCUGAGAGUACUUAGACAUUCCAACUACACCGUCCCUUUGAAAGAGAGCAUGCUGUACUCCAUGCCAAGGGACAACGACGUGUUAUUUACACUGCCCAACCUCUCAGGAAAAGAUAUUCAAGAUCCACUGCAGACUACCAGUCAGUACCUCAUCCAGCAAGUAGAAACUACAGUGGAUGAAGAGACAUUACCUGGCAAGUUACCAGAGACCCCUCUUAGGAUAGAACCGCCAUCUUCUUACAAGGUGAUGUGCCAGUGGGUGGAAGACUUGAGAAAAGGGUUAUGCAGAUUCUGGUUUCAGUCUCUACCUAUCUUGUUUAGUUUCAUAGAAGUUGUUGUUGUUGGAGUUGUUGGAGCAGCUCUUAUUAUCAAAGUCUUAAAGUUGAUUCUGCCUUCCUGUGAAAAUAAAGGCAUCCUUCUCCUGGAUCAAGUCAGCUUUGUACCUGUGACUACCAUCAGCCUGCCUUCAGACCUUUCAGACAGGAAAAAUAAUUUAGAUGAGAAAGCAUGUACUUAAUACUGUAUUUACUUUGGAGUUACUGGUUUUUAAAAACACACUUUUAGUUGAUCUGAUACUUGGCACCUGAUCUUAAUACCUUGUUUUUUUUCCUACUAAGAAAACUAAGUCAGUUGAUUAAUUGAUAAAAGGCCACUCAGACCAAGGCCCAAAGCUGACUUCCUUGUGCCUCUCCAUAAACAAGCAGCCUUUUCAGAAGCUUCUAAGUAGAACAGCUGCCUUUUCAGAAGUUUCAAUAUAGAGCAGCUUUCCACCCUGAGGGCUACCACUGGUUUUAACUUCUGUGAAGUCACUUUUCCACACCUCAGACAGGAUGCUGGCUGCCUUCAUGCCCAUAAACCAAGUCAGCUGUCCUGACUAACAAGAUGGUGAAAUUCAGGGUGUCCUUAAGUCCAGAGAUAGCAUUCUUAAAAGAAAUAUGAGGGAAUAUUGCAAACAUCAGCUGUGCCUGCAAGCCUAAGCAAAGCUGCUCCACCUAGUUCCAGGUCUCAUAGGGUUAAGUGUGUCUUGCAAGGAAGAUACCACUACCAAACAUUUGUGUUACUUAAAAGAUCUGACAUUUUAUAUAUGCAAAACAAAAAUUUGAACGGCAGAUUUCUAUUUCAAGCACUUUACAUUUUUAUGGUCCCUUCCACUCAUAAAAAUUGUUAGCAGUUGUAACCAGUUUGCUUUUUUGUAUCUGUGACAGCAGUACUCUAUGAAGUCCCAAAAGAAAAAUGAAAAAUCCAUUAAAUUCUACAGAAAUACUGGCUUGCUAUUGCUGAGUAGGCCCAGUCUGCUCAUGCCAGUUUGUACUGUUAACAUUUUUCAAAUAAACAUUUAAAUUGUUUAUUA